GAAAGAAGUUGGUCAUUGGAAAGCUAUGUACUCUGUUGUUAGAGAUUUGGAAGUUCUUAAAAGGUAUUUAGAGAGCAAGCAUACGUCAGUUGAAUAUGAUGAUAUUGCUGACUAUUUUAAGUUUAAUCAACCAAAUGGAACACUCAAAUUGACUCUACAAAAAACUCAACUGCAGUUAGGAUGGACUGUUAAUCCUGAUAGAGAACCAAUGGAAUUAUGUCAGUCUACAAUUGAGCAUUUUUCAUCAUGUCCCUCUCCUUCAUAUGCAACAUGUAGUAUAUCAGUGUAUGCUAAACCUGGUAUUGCUCAGGAUCCACUUCAUUGUCCUAUUAAAUUAACUGGAAUAGAUCCUUCAAAAAUUGUCUACAUCAACAAAUCACCUCCUGCUCUUCCUCCAUCAAUGAGUUCUACUACCUCCUCCUCCUCUAAUGUAGUACAUGAAUCAACGUCAGUGUCAUCCACUGGAGGAGCUACUACUGUUGAUGUCAAUAAUGUAAAGAAAGUGAUCAAUGAAGUUCUUGUAUCUCAUUAUGCUGCACUCAAUUCUUUGCCUAAAAAGUCUCUUACUGGUCUUAUCAAUCAGUUGUACACAGCUAAGCUUAUUAGUAAUGAAGUUAAAGAAGCUCCUUCAAUGAAGGAAUGCAUCGAUGAGUUCAAGGCUAGUCUUAGUUUUAAAAGGAAGAUGCCUAAAGUGCAGGAGCACUGUCAAAAGUUCUUAAGCUCAUUCAUUGCUGCAAGAGGCAGUUAUGCUGAUGCAGCAGAAGCUUUAGGUGAGGACUGGAUUGAAGCUAUUAGGAAUGAACUGGGACUUGAUUUUAAUAUUAACAUUGAUGCUUGA